AUGGGUUCGGAGAAUCAUGUAGUUGUGGAUGUUAGUUCAGACGAGGAGGUCGAUCCGCGUGGCGACAGAGACUACUUGAACUGGCUAAACAAGGUUGUUGAUGUCACAUCCGACAGCACCGAUCUUGUCAGCCUUGAUUCUCAGCUAAAUUCUUCGACUCAAGCGGCUUUGGAAGAUGACGACGACGACGACGAUGAUUGUGUGAUUCUGGACUGUGAUUCCGACAAGACAAGUGCUGCAUUUGAAUCUAAAGCUGAUGAUGAUGAUAACGACGAGGUGCUUGUAGUGGGGCAAAAGGGUGAGAAAGCGUGUAGAGAUUUCCCUCAUCCCCGACAUUCGUGUGCUAAGUACUCCUUCAACUCAACAUCACAUGAGAGUUACUGCGACAUGUGUCACUGUUAUGUGUGUGACAUCCCUGCUCCUUGCCCAUACUGGUGUGUCCCUGUCUCCAGCCUAAAUCAUUGUCAUGCUAAUGAUAAAGACAAGACUUGGAUGAAUCAACGCGAGUACUUCAGGACUGGAAUAUUUCCCACUCAACCAGCUCAUGCUACAGUGUCUCCGCCUCAGAGUAUCAUCCGGUUAUCCCAAAACCCUUCUCCAACGAAUAAGAUUGAGAUCCGCCCUUGCUCCAACCGUGUUGCUGCUAAUCUCUCAAACGUCAGAGGCCAUAGAGUCAGGCAAUCGGCUCCACGGAAUCAUGGGUUGCAAUCAUUGAGCAAAACGUCAUCCAAAAGGAUAGAAGCUCUUAUAUGGGUCACUUAA